CCAUUAGGGUUUACAACCAAACUCGCCACCUAUAAACACUCCUCUCACACCCACGGGCGCCGUCUUCGCCCGCCGCCGCCUCCCCUCGUCCUCCUCCUCGCCUCCGUAGGCUAGGGUUUCGACGAGCUCGCGGAAAUGGUGGCAUUCAGGUUCCAUCAGUACCAGGUCGUGGGGCGCGCGCUGCCGACGCCCGGCGAUGAGCACCCCAAGAUCUACCGCAUGAAGCUCUGGGCCACCAACGAGGUCCGCGCCAAGAGCAAGUUCUGGUACUUCCUGAGGAAGCUCAAGAAGGUUAAGAAGAGCAACGGCCAGGUCCUCGCCAUCAACGAGAUCUUUGAGCGUAACCCAACUACGAUCAAGAACUAUGGCAUCUGGCUGCGCUACCAGAGCAGAACCGGCUACCACAACAUGUACAAGGAGUACCGUGACACCACCCUGAACGGUGCAGUGGAGCAGAUGUACAAUGAGAUGGCUUCUCGCCACCGUGUGAGGGCGCCCUGCAUCCAGAUCAUCAAGACUGCCACGGUCCACUUCAAGCUGUGCAAGAGGGACAACACCAAGCAGUUCCACAACUCGAAGAUCAAGUUCCCCCUCGUCUCCCGCAAGAUCAGGCCCCCAACCAGGAAGCUGAAGACCACGUUCAAGGCGUCGAGGCCGAACUUGUUCAUGUGAUUCAGCUGUUCUUGUGCUGUGGUCAGUGUUUGGGAGCAUAAGAGUCGUAAGUUCUAUGUUUUAAGUUUUGACGUGCUUAAGACCUCAGAGGUUUGAUGAUUCAUCUCGUUUUGAAACGUGCUUGGUGAACCAUUUGAGUAUCGUAUUAUGAGUAGUUGGCAGACUUAAGUGGUACUGGUGAUCAGUGUGGAGGCCUUCUGUAUUGUUUGCAUGUCU